GGGCGGGGCGGGACGGGACGGAACCGCCCGCCGGCAUCGGGGCCGGGCUGGGCCGGGAGCCCGGCGGGCACCGGCGUGCGGAGCAGGUUGAAGCUAAGCAGUGAGCAGGAUGCCCCCGGGCAUUUACUGCCCUAUGGAAUUCUGGUCCAAGGGGGAAAACCAAAACAUCCAGGUGGAUUUUCUGCUGCCAACAGGCAUAUACUUGAACCUCUCUGUGCCCUGCAAUGCCAGCUUGGGCGCCAUCAAGCAGGUGGUGUGGAAGCACGCUCAGUAUGAGCCACUCUACCAUAUGCUCAGUGAUCCCGAGGCCUACGUCUUCACCUGCAUCAACCAGACAGCUGAACAGCAAGAGCUGGAGGAUGAGCAGCGACGCCUUUGUGACAUCCAACCCUUCCUGCCCGUACUGCGGCUUGUGGCUCGAGAAGGUGACAGAGUCAAGAAGCUUAUUAACUCCCAAAUCAGCCUGCUCAUUGGGAAAGGUUUGCACGAGUUUGACUCUGUGCAGGAUCCAGAGGUGAAUGAUUUCCGCACCAAAAUGUGCCAGUUCUGUGAGGAGAGAGCAGCAAAGCGGCAGCAGCUCAGCUGGGCAGCUUGGAUGGAGUACAACUUUCCCUUGCAGCUUGAGCCCAUGGCCAAAGGCCUUGGAACUGGACUCUCGCACACACCCGUCAAGAACAUUUUUGUCAACGUCAAGUUUCAGUCUGGCGGGGAGAGCUUCACUUUCCAGAUCUCCCCAAAUGAGUUCCCCAUCACAUUAAUGAGCUAUGCUGUCAAGAAGCAAGCUACUGUCUUCCGCCACGAGACAAUGGAGAACCCAGAGGACUACACACUGCAGGUGAAUGGGAAAUACGAAUAUCUCUAUGGGAACUACCCCCUGUACCAGUUCCAGUACAUUCGCAGCUGCCUGCACCGAGGCUUAACGCCCCACCUGACUAUGGUACACUCAUCCACUAUCAUUGCUAUGAGAGAUGAGCAGGUCAACAGUAACCAACCCCCCAAAGAUGGCAGUGAGCCUCCUCCACUCCCUAAGAAAAAGCCAAACUAUGGUUCUCUCUGGUCCUUGGAGCAGUCUUUCUACAUCGAGCUGGUGCAAGGCAGCAAGGUCAAUGCAGAUGAGAGAAUGAAGCUGGUGGUGCAGGCAGGUCUCUUUCAUGGCAAUGAGAUGCUGUGCAAAACGGUGUCAAGCUCUGAAGUGAACGUGUGUUCAGAGCCAGUGUGGAAGCAGAGGCUGGAUUUUGAUAUUAACAUCUGUGAUCUUCCUCGUAUGGCACGGCUCUGCUUUGCACUCUACGCUGUCAUCGAGAAGGCAAAGAAAGCACGUUCCACCAAGAAGAAGUCCAAGAAAGCUGACUGCCCCAUUGCCUGGGUGAAUGUCAUGCUCUUUGAUUAUAAGGACCAGCUGAAAACAGGGGAGUGCUGCUUGCAUAUGUGGUCUUCCUUCCCAGAUGAGAAGGGUGAACUUCUGAACCCCAUGGGCACGGUGCAAUGCAACCCCAACACAGAAAGUGCAGCAGCCUUGGUCAUCUGCUUCCCCAAUGCUGCAUCGCAUCCUGUGUAUUAUCCAUCAUUUGAGCAGCUGCUGGAGUUGGGGAGGAAUGGAGAACUACCCCGCUCUGCACCAGAAGAUCCAGAGGAGAAGCUGCAACUGAAGGAAAUACUGGAGCGGAGGAGCCACACUGAGCUCUAUGAGCAUGAGAAAGAUCUGGUGUGGAAGAUGAGAUACGAUAUCCGUGACCAAUAUCCACAAGCUUUGGCAAAGCUUCUUACCAUCACCAAAUGGAACAAGCAUGAAGAUGUGGCCCAGAUGAUUUCCCUGCUUCAGACCUGGCCAGAGCUGCCUGUCCUGAAUGCCUUGGAGCUGUUGGAUUUUAGCUUCCCUGAUCGUUAUGUUGGCUCCUUUGCUAUCAACUCCUUAAAGAAACUGACAGAUCAUGAAUUGUUCCAGUAUCUGCUGCAGCUUGUCCAGGUGCUCAAGUAUGAAUCCUACUUAGACUGUGAAUUAACCAAGUUCCUGCUGGACAGGGCACUAUCCAACCGUAAGAUCGGCCACUUCCUGUUCUGGCACCUCAGGUCAGAAAUGCACGUCCCUGCAGUUGCCUUGAGGUUUGGCUUGAUCCUGGAAGCGUAUUGCAGAGGCAGCACCCACCAUAUGAAGGUUUUGAUGAAACAGGGAGAAGCACUCAGCAAGAUGAAAGCUCUGAAUGAGUUUGUUAAAUUGAGUUCUCCGAAGGCCACCAAGCCUCAAGCCAAGGAGAUGAUGCAUGUGUGCAUGAAGCAGGAAACUUACCUCGAAGCACUUUCCCACCUCCAGUCCCCUCUGAACCCCAGUAUUAUCCUCACUGAAGUUUGUGUGGAUCAGUGCACGUUUAUGGAUUCCAAAAUGAAACCCUUAUGGAUUGUUUUUAAUAAUGAAGAGACAGGUGGAGGUGGAGUGGGUAUCAUUUUCAAGAAUGGAGAUGAUCUUCGUCAGGACAUGCUGACUCUGCAGAUGAUCCAGCUGAUGGAUGUCCUGUGGAAGCAGGAGGGCCUGGACCUGAGGAUGACUCCUUAUGGCUGCCUCUCCACAGGAGACAAGACUGGGCUGAUAGAAGUAGUCAUGCAUUCUGAUACCAUCGCUAACAUCCAGCUGAACAAGAGCAACAUGGCCGCCACCGCAGCCUUCAACAAGGACGCACUGCUAAACUGGUUGAAAUCCAAGAACCCAGGUGAUGCUUUAGAACAAGCUAUAGAGGAGUUCACUCUUUCCUGUGCUGGCUACUGUGUGGCAACCUAUGUGCUGGGGAUCGGUGACCGGCACAGUGACAACAUCAUGAUCCGGGAAACUGGGCAGCUGUUCCAUAUUGAUUUUGGUCACUUUUUGGGGAACUUCAAGACCAAAUUUGGUAUUAAUAGAGAACGAGUUCCUUUCAUCUUAACCUAUGAUUUUGUGCACGUCAUCCAGCAAGGAAAAACCAACAACAGUGAGAAGUUUGAAAGAUUCAGGGGUUAUUGUGAAAAAGCCUACAUGAUCCUGAGGCGCCACGGUCCUCUCUUCCUGCACCUCUUUGCACUGAUGAAAGCUGCUGGCCUGCCAGAGCUCAGCUGCUCUAAGGACAUUCAGUACCUGAAGGAUUCCCUCGCUCUUGGUAAAACAGAUGAAGAGGCACUAAAACACUUCAGACUCAAGUUUAAUGAAGCCCUCCGAGAGAGCUGGAAAACCAAAGUGAACUGGCUGGCACAUAACGUAUCCAAAGAUAACAGACAGUAGAGACAUGGAGUCAGCCUGCACACUUGAUCCAAGAGAAUGUACAACCACUUGCACUGAAUCCAACCAUUGUAGACUGGUUUUAUAAGACUGAUGAAUGUUGCCGUGUUCAGAUCCCUCACCUGUGGUCCCAGAGAUCGCACCUUUCUGCAUCACUGAGAGGUGUUGGACUGCCAUCAGCACCCAAUUCAUGCCUGCACUAGAUCUGUGUGUGACAAGGGAGAGGCACAAGGCAAUCAAAUUACUGCCAGCAGUGAAAGGUAGGUAGUUGCGCCGUAUCCUUAACAACUUGUUAAGUUUCAAAUACAUCUUCUAAUGGAAGAGUUCAGGCAGUUUGAAUACACUUUAAGUCAGUAAGUGUGCUAAUAUGUCUAUUUUUAUUUUCUUGACAAUUCAGCUAAACACUGAACAGAUACUCUGCUGUAGCUCUUAUAGCACGGCUGUUGUAGGCCUCUACCAUUACAGCUCAGGCUUUAACUCACUACGUGAUCAGUCCUACCCAUUUUCAGUGUAUAUCAAGGUAGGUCAGCCUAAAUCUCCUCUGAAACCAACUUGUACAACCUUUUUAUUCUGCAUUGUGAUAGAAUUGAAAAAAAAAAAAAAUAAAUCCAUACCAUCACAUCACUGUCUCUGUUGCAGAGACCAGAGAGCUUUGAAAUGCUGCCUAAAAUCUCAUGCCUCAAGAUGAGGUGCUUGGGUUGGCCUAAGUUGAGUUAGGUACAUUUGUUUGCUUCCUUAAAGCAGACCUUAGGUUAAACCCAGCCAGUUUCUUGGUUUCUGCAUUUGUUCUGUUUUUAAGCCUGAAAACAUUAAAAUUGCAUUGUGCCAACAUACCAUUGGGUGCUGUUCGUACCUCCUGGUGGGGUGUUACAGCUGGUUGGCCACCUGGUUUCCCUCUGAUGCAUAGAUGGAGGGCACUGGCCUGCACUUAUGUACUUACUGGGAUACAACACUGUAACCCAGUGUCAGAUGGGAUAGAUGGUACCACUCGGUGCUUAAGUAAAGUUAUUUGGCCAGUCUACUUGCCUGUUUAAAGAUAGAUGCGUGCCAGAUGAGUGGGUUUAGUACUGAAAAAUUGCAUCUCAGUUCAUCUGAAGUUUGUUCCCUGCUCUCUUCAGCCAUAUGCUCUCAGCUAAGGUACACAGCCCUGUUUGUUAUUACAGCUGGGUGCAAAGACUGUGAGUGGGGAGUUCAGCCACAGAGCAAGGUGCAGUCAUCUGUGCUGGUACCUACACUGGACAAACUGCUCCAUCCUUCUCCUGUUGUCACAGCUGCCUCUGUCUCUUUACCAAGGAGAAUCUGUCCCCUCUCCCACAAGGUGCCAUUAAUGUAUUUCUUCUCCUGUGUCAUGUUUUUGUCUCCAGCCAAUGUCCUCACCUGGUGGGCAGUUCUGAGCACUGGUGUUGCACAGGGACAGAUGAACAGGAGCCACUGCUGUCCCUCAUUGCCUCCCAUGAGCAAACUGAGGUGCAUCAAACAGGCUGCAGCCUACGGGUCAUGCUGGAAGAUAAGUAGUCUGUUUAGUAUCUGCUUCCUUUAGCAGUUCCCUGCUGUGCUUCCCUUCCAUUCCCUGUGUUCUUCACAUCAUCACAUUCCUCAAGAGGUGCUAUCAUCAUUGCUGUUUCCUUAUUAAGUUAACUCACGGUGCAGACAGUGUGCAGGAAUAUUAGGCCACAAGCAAACUGAGAGGCAGCGCAACCACAGUAAUCUCAUGGGAGGAAAAAACAUGCUACAAAACCAUAAACAUAAACACAGUUAUCUUACACUGCUGUAAGCAGGGAAGCCUGGAUCCCGUGUCAUACUGCAGCAAGGCAGUCUUACCUUGCAGGUUCCCUGGGUGCGCUCAGGUACUUUGAUCACAGGCUCACAGCGGUUCCUUCCUGCUUACAGAAGUACAAAGCAGCAGUGGCUCCUGUCAUCUGUCCUUCCAUUGUAAAAGUGCAAUAAAACAAAGCUGUAUCAGCAUCAACUGCUAGAGCUGAGCCAUUCCAAAGGUGUCUCAAUUCAGCACAGUUUUACAGCUCGGUUACGCCAUCAACAAAGCUGACUUCCCUCCAAGCAGUAAAAAUGUUGAUGAGUCAUUGAGUGGAUUUCCUCCCUUGUACACCCCUGGGACAGCAUCUUGAAUGGCUGCACUGGGCAGCAAAGAGCUGCUGGCUCCAGCUUUACACAACAGCUCACCUGAUGCUUCCCAGCAAGUUGAACUGCACCGAAGAUGAAAACUUAAAUCAUUUUCAAAGGUCUUAUGUUUCACUGUAAAUAAGUAUCUUCUGCUUUAUAAAUAGGCUCCGUGAUCCUCCCUUCUAUUUAUUCAGAGAUGGUUUUUUUUGUGAUUUUAACUCUGUAUAAACUGAUUGUUCUUAUUCUGUUGCCUUUGAAAAAGAAAAGUAUUUUUUUAAGCCAAGCCGUGGUUCUGUAACAAGAUCGUGUUUACAUGUUUCACUUCUCAGUUGCUCCAGGUACGUGUUUUGUAAAUAAAUAAAAGAGGAUUAAAUUGCACACCAAUGGAUGCCCAAGUGCUCUUCCAUGUGAUAGAGGUCAGCAAUAAUAAAACCAAACUCUACUUCUAGUCCAACAAAUACACAGUUAGGGUGAUGUGAUUCAAUCCUAUUCCAUUCAGGAAGAAAUAAAUACAAGCAACCUUUAGAACCAGAAAUUUAUUGUAGCUUAUAGACUUUCCAAACUGACCCUUUACCAAUAUAUGCAUCUGAAGAGUUAUACCCACAGUGGCUACUAACUGCAUCAGGACGUUCACAACCUCUCAGUAUUACCAUUAACUCAUGAUCAGCUUUAGUCUAAAAUACAGCAGCUACAGUGACAGUAUAUGGAAGGAUAAGUCUUCUACACAUUAACACAAGACAACUGUCAGACAUAAGUUAAAAGUUUCCCAGUUAACUUAAAACUAGCAGUUAUAUUACCACAUAAGUAGUCAAAACCAUUUCCCCAUUUUAGAAAUCUAAAAUUUUACAUUAAAAAAAACCAACACAAAAAACAGUAAGCUCGUUGGGUGGGUUCUCCCUCCUGCUUCCAGGUCCAUCUAGUAUUGUAAAAGGCACUCCACAGAGUCAAGUCUGUUACCCCCAGGUAAAACCCACCAUUAGAUCCCAUUACAUACAUCAGGAGGCGAGAUGCGUGCUAGAGAAGAGAUCUGUUCUGAAAAUCAAAACUAUAAACAUCCAGACCAACCUUUACCUUUUUGAGUUAUGACCCUUCUCCUCCCAUUCCUUUCCCACCACUUGGUUUGCUCCUCUAGCAGGCUUAUCCAGUGCAGCAUUUCCCUGCUGGUACUGCUGGCCACUACUGAGCCUGCUGUGAGUUGGGCUGUGUGCACCUGGAACAUGGGCAGAUCACAUACAAAAUAAAGAAUGGAACUUUGCUUACCGUGCUGAGGAGUGAACGGAGUCCUAUUUUCCUGUUACAAGCAAAACAAGUUACUCUUUAAUCCACUUCCAAACAUAAAAAAAAACAAAUCAAGUAAGCAGGUAUUCAUUACUCCAGGCUCUGCAUAGGACAAAUAAAGUUAAACGGACAAGUCCUGCCUUACAGACAACGAGCGCUCUCUGCUGUGGGGUCAUAACUUACUUUUCGUACCUUUCAGUCAUUU